CUCAUGAUAAUCCUAUGUUGGGCAGCAGAGCUGGUUCAGCCCGAAGAUUUACCUCCUUAUACCAACCAGGGAUUGAUGACUGCCUGCUAAUAAACAGACAACCAGAACUUACAUAUUUAGUUUGGUACUGCAAAAGGAGGUUAAAAAUUGCAAAUUAAAGCAGUUAAACAAUUAACAGGAUUGCCUUUAAGAAAGCAAAAUGUCAAACACUGACUCAAAGAGACUUGAUGUUUUCAACAGUAUCCUGAAUGGUUGCCUUGGAGGCCUUUACUGUAAUAACUCCCACCAGUUUUUUUACAACAAAAGCCUCGACUUUGGGCUGGAGAUUUUUGAUGAUGAUCCCUCCUGGGGACGGAUAGUCAUCUCUGUGGUGUACUUUGUCGUGGCUACAGCAGGAGUUUUGGGGAACCUGCUUGUGAUGUUCCUGCUGUACUCUACUCACACCAUCACCACAGGCAUCAUCAACUUCUUUGUGUUCAACCUAGCUUUGGCUCAACUCCUCUUCUCCAUGGUCUUACCUUUUUGGGCUGUAGACAUUGCAAUGGACUACAGCUGGCCCUUUGGCCUGGCCACAUGCAAGGCUGUGUCCUUAUUCACUGCACUCAAUGCCUUUGCAAGUUGCUUUUUCCUCACAGCAAUGAGUGUGACCCGGUACUGCUUUGUGGCUACUGCUCUCAAGCCCAGCGCCUCCCUAUGCAGUAGGUCUUGCACUUCUCGGGUGGCCACAGCUUUUAUCUGGGCUGGAGCACUCAUAGCAGCGACACCCCGAGGUGUGUUUGCAGAACUUACAAGUGUGGGCAAUGACACAGCGUGCCUGCUUCGUUUCCCUGAUGGUACAGCCUGGCUUGGGAUCAACCAGCUUCUGAAAGUAGUGCUGGGUUUUCUGUUGCCCUAUGCCAUUAUCAUCGCCUCAUACCUGCUCCUGCUGCGCUUCCUCUGUGAGCAUAAUCUGAAGGGCAACAACUCUUGGCGAAAGGCUGAUAUUUCAAAGUCUGUGGCAGUGGUGGUGCUCUCAUUCUGCGCCUGCUGGUUCCCCUACAACAUCCUCUCACUUUGGGGUGCCUUGAUCCAGCUUGACAUCGUUGAUAUCAGCCCCUCAUUUUAUUUGGCUCAAACUUACUUUUUCCCCCUGGCCAACUGCUUGGCUUUCAUCAGCAGCUGCUUAAACCCUGUCAUCUACUGUCUGGUGAGGAAGGAGUACCGUGUGGCCCUCAAUAACGUGCUCUUCAAGUUGAGCCUGGCUAUCAUGUCCAAGAUGCCCUAUGGCAUUCAUUCUGAGGAGAGGUCGGAUCAAACUGGGCAGCUGGCCAUCCCUCUCAAUAACAUAUACAGUGAGACAAUUGUGACCGACUCAAAGAGUUAUGCCCCUCUGACGGCGCUGCCAACAGAGGUGUCCACCAUGUAAAGCCAAUGAUAAAAUUCUUCAAGCGUACAGUGUUUUCCUUGAGGGUACUUACUGUGUGCUUCAGAAAGACCUGUGUUUUCCUGUGAGGAUGUAAAGUAUAUAUAUUUCUGAUUUGUUGUGAUUAAGCUGCUUCAUAAACCCACUUUAGCUCUUGAGGCUACACCACUUCACAGUCUUGAUCAGGGAAAACUAAGAGUUUAAACUCACAGAAAAUCAUUCUCUAAUUCAGUAUAAAUGUGUUAUCGCAUAGUAUUCAUUUUCUCCUCCAUCUUCUUCUCAGUGUUGUAUUAUACCUCAUGUUCUAAUUUCUACUUCCAUUAGUUAAUGUUGCUGCACUAUAUGUCUGGAGUGUGGUUGUGUUGUCCAGGUUUGACAACAUUUCGUUUUACUUGUUUGAGAAGAAAUUGUUAAAUAAAAAGUUUCCAAACUUAACUUUCCAUAACUAAAUGUGUUUUUGUAUGCCUCCCAGAACACCGACAAGAAUUAUCCUUAUUAUAAUGGAUAGCUAUUACACUGUAUGUUCAGUUAUUUCAAGCACAUGGUUUUCAAUACUGUUGUGAUAAAGUGUUUGACAAGGGUGCAAUACCACUAUUAGGCAUUUAGUUGUAACGGAUUAGCAGAUUGAAUACUUAAAAUAUCGAAAGUAUGCAGUUUUCCUUUUUUUCUUUAAAACUAAUUGUAUCCCUCUAAAUGUAUGUAUUGUUUACAUUAAAACGGAAGAAUGUCCAACAUUAUGGCAGCGUCCUCAUCUGCUGAUUAUUCUGCCUUUUGCGAUCCAAGUACACCACAAGAUGGUGGUGUUUCUCAACAUUAAAACAGAGAGAAGCUUACAUACAUACAUAUUACCACGUCAGUCUGUCUCCCUGUCUGUCGGUACCUGCAACAUCAUUGUAUGGCAUACUAUGUAAUGAUGUUUUUAUGACUAUUCCUAAUGAUGCUAUUACUUUUGUAUGUAUUAUCCUAUGACUUCAUGCAACACUAA